UCCUCCGCCCUCCUGGCCCGGCGCCCGUCCCGCCUCCUCGCUCCUGGCUGGCGUCCCACUGGCCGCCUCGCAGCCCGGUGUAUGUGCGGCAACAACAUGUCGGCGCCGCUCCCCGCCAUCGUCCCGGCCGCCAGGAAGGCGACGGCUGCCGUCAUUUUUCUUCAUGGAUUGGGAGAUACCGGGCAUGGAUGGUCAGAAGCGCUUGCAGGUAUCAAGAGCCCCCAUGUGAAAUACAUUUGCCCACAUGCGCCAGUUAUGCCAGUUUCUUUGAACAUGAACAUGGCUAUGCCAUCGUGGUUUGAUAUCAUUGGACUCUCUCCAGAUUCACAGGAAGAUGAAGUUGGGAUCAAGCAGGCAGCGGAGAAUGUUAAAGCACUGAUAGAUCAAGAAGUAAAAAAUGGAAUUCCUUCUAAUCGAAUUAUUCUGGGAGGCUUUUCUCAGGGAGGUGCUUUAUCAUUGUAUACAGCUCUUACAACACACCAAAAAUUAGCAGGUGUUGUAGCCCUCAGCUGUUGGCUUCCUCUGCGGGCUUCUUUUCCUCAGGGUCCUAUCAGUGGUGUCAACAAGGAGAUUGCUGUUCUUCAGUGCCACGGGGACUGUGACCCAUUGGUUCCUUUAAUGUUUGGUUCUCUCACUGUUGAGAAGCUAAAGAGCAUGAUAAAUCCAGCCAACAUAACCUUCAGGACUUAUUCUGGCAUGAUGCAUAGCUCAUGUAUUGAGGAAAUGAUGGAUGUAAAACAGUUCAUAGACAAACAUCUACCUCCCGUAGACUGAAAUGAUAUGUGAGAAGCCUUCUAUAUAAAUACACCAGCAUCAACUGUGGUAGAGUGUUAAUCUUUUCAUAUGCCCAAUAAGAAGCAUUACUUCUAUAUCUGCAGUGUUACUACUGUGUUGCAAAUUUAUACUUAAGAUGAGGGUUGAAUAAUACACGUGUACAAGAAAUGAUCUGAUCAUCUUUUCAGUAUUAAUCAUACACUGUUGGGACUACACGAAUGCGGCAGCUAGGUAACAAUGGCAGAAUGUAACCUAAGCAUACUGUUUUAAGAAGUCUGAUUUUUUUUUUUUUUUUUUCAGAAUUUUAGAGUAUUUGUACAAGCAAUUUAAAUUCUAAUUGUAGGUGAGCAACAUAAAUGCAACCAGUUUAGGUAUACUUGAGACAUGAUUUGUUCUUAAUACUCACUGAAAACACGUUAAAAUGUUUCCUUUAUGUAAAGGAUGCGUGAAGUACACAAUGUGUAACGUAGUGGGCAUAUGAUGGUCGAAUAAAUGCUACCAAGGACAAAGCUUUAAAAAUUAAAUGUGAAUUGUUACUCCAGAUAAGAAAGGUUGUUCUGCUGUAAUGGCUAGAAGUCAGUGGAAGUAUUUCUUAUAUUUAAACCACCUCAAUCUUUAAUUGUUUUCGUAUAGGUAGAUAUUUUUUGGAAAUUCUAAAGGGACUUAUUUCUUGUUAAACUGUCAUUUGUCAUUUAUUGUCUGUCUCUUUAAAAACUACCAUAAACUCAUGUCAAAUGCUGACUUGAAACAGAAUUCUGAGGAAGUGCAUAGGAUUAAUUUGAGUUUCAUUUAAAAAUUCCUGUUUUCAUAUUGAAUAUUCAUCUUGUGCUUUUAGUCUUUGUAGCUUUCAUUUGUGCAGAAAUGUUGAUACAUUUCAUGUGAGCAAUUCCAGCAUAUAGUUUUGAUUUUUCUGUCUGUUUUGGAAUUAUUAACUGAAAAUAAUGCUGUGUACUGUUGAAGUCUUGCCUGUAACACAGACGUUGACUAAUCUGAAUUCUUUAUUAAUAGAAAUAGAAGUGCAUUUGGGAUAUAACUUAAACUUUAAAUUGAUCCCUUCAAAUACUUUUUUUUAAUUGCAUGUUGAGACUUGAGUUUUUUCUGAAAAAGAACAGAGCAUUUUAUUUUCAAAUAUAUCACUCUACAUUUCCCUAGAUCAGUAUAGCGUAGUAAUAUGAAGACCUACUAUAGGAAAAAAGUAAAUCUGCAAGAUAUAGAAUGUCUUUUAUCUCAGAAGCUUAAAAUUGUAGGAUGCACUGGAUUACAGAAUUUGAUGCACACUCGAGAGUUUUUUGCAGUUAAGAGACAUAAUUUACUUCUGGAAACAGCUGUUCUUCUGUAGAGUUCAGAGGUUGUCACACACUAGGAAUGUUUAAAAAAUACACAGCAGUUAUUACUACAUAAUGUGCUGCAUAACAGUGCUCCAUACUAUAAUAUGUUUGCAAACAAAGAAUAUUCCUGUUUGGGAUGCCUCUGUGGUGUCAGCACUGUGCUUUGUACCUGCAUUUUAAGGUACUUUCUCCUCUCCCAGCUUAAUCAUUAAUCAAGCGGUCCUCUCACAGUGUCUAUGAAUUUACAUCUGAGGCAUCUAACAGUACAAGUGCAUAAAUGGAGAAUUAUGCUUUUAUAUCCCUUCUUAAACACAACUGCUGCCAGAAAUCUGACUUGUUCAUUUAGUGUGAGUUUCAGUUUUCAGUGAUUUUUUUUUUCCGUAUGUAUUGCAUUUCAUUUUUUGGAAGCUGUUUUUGUUUUGUAAUCCAGUUUCUCUGGAACUCAAACAUCUCAAUAUGUAAAAUUGAAAAGAAGUUUAUUUCUAAAUGGUAUUGAAAUAUCUUUGGGAAUUCCAUCUGUGUGGUUGAGAAGGCAUGUUUAUUAACUUUGAAGUUUUAAUUAGUCUUUUCUCUCAGUCGCUCUGUUCUAUAGACCUGCCAAUUUGUGUUUCUGUUAAUUUAGUUCACAGAAGAAAGCAUAAUAUUCUUAUUGUAGUUGUGCCAAAGUUUUGUUGAGAAAACAAUAUGUCCUACCUUAGAGUCAUUCCCAAAUUACGUUAGGUAGUUUUGUAGUCCUGCUGACUUGCAAACUUGGUAAGCAAACUAUAUGUUAUUUCUCCUAGCUUUUAGAUUUAUCUUCAUUCCUGUUGUCUAAAUGGUUCCCUGAAUAUUGGCAUGUUUCCAGAGUUCUUGCACAAGCUUCUAAUUUUUUCCUUUAUUAUUUCCUUGUUCUGUUUGUAAAUUGUUUGAUAAUGCUGUUUGGCUCUCUUGUUCAACUUCUAAUUGUGCUCAUUUCACAUAUUUUUUUUCUUCUGUUAGAAUGAGUUUAAAAAGAUAUUUCUGAGAUGUUAAAAUGAAAUCAGUUUUAGCUUUAUUCUGUGUUAGUUUCAUAGCAGUUUCUUCAGUUUGGUGAAUGUGUUCACAACUUGCAGUCAGUUUCUGGUAUUUACACAUUUUAAUUGAAGUCAGUUUCAACUAUCUCUAUGAUGUUUUCAUAUGUUUUUCUAGAAAUGCUUUAUAAGCUGACUUCAUUCAAAUAUUCAGCUAUCAUAACCAGAUUCUUUUUUAUACUGUUGUUUUGCUCCUUGCUUUAUCUGGAAAGGGCUGUGUAACCAAAGUAAAUGUAAGUAAAUGUUACAACUUACUCUGAAUUUCUGUAUUCUAGGAAGAAGUCUCCUCAAGUUUGUUUUGUUUUGUUUUGUUUGUUUUUUUUUUUUUUGAGGGGAGUGUAUGUGUGUGUUGUAGUUGGAGGUUUUUAAAGAGCCCAGAAGCUAGAGGAAAUGUCAAGAAUGUGUCCUUCCAUAUUACAGGGUGUAUAUUCAGCUUCUGUCCUUAACUUCCUGGCUGCUUGGAAGGCUGUGUGUAUAAUCUUGUAGCUGAACUGCUUCCCUACCUGAAGUGAUUUGAUGCUGGGAUUGUUGUCAUAACUGCAUGUAUUUUUAGGCUGAAUGAUGGCUCAGCCUGGUGUGGUGGUUUUCAUAAUACUCUGUUUAAAUGGAGAAGUUGGAUUGUCAGUGUUCUAAAUGUGAAUGUCCUAUCUUUGUAAACUACAAUUUGAAACUGUCCAAUAAUUAAGUUUGGUUUUUGUAAUGUUAGACUUUCCCCAAAAUGGGAUGAUGUCUGUCAAACCUGCAAAAGCAUUGAUAUGAAAUACCUUGCUUGCAGAUUGGUUUGUUUCAAUGGGUAUCUAACUCCCUAAUCCGUUUUAAAUUUCAAAAUGGUACUUAAAUUUGACUGUAGUUUUGUGCAGUCAGAAGUCUGACUUCUUGUUGGAAUAUGUUGCCCACUUCUUAAUAGACGUGUUGAAUUAUGUAUUAUAAGCCAAAUCUUCUAGCCAUUCUUGGGGUGAACCUGUGCUGGGUUCCAUACUGUGGUGAGGGGUGUAUAAUUUGGUCUCUUCUUCCUGUCUUGUAUAAUUACAACACAGUAGACUGGUAAAAAUACUGUACACUGUAACUGGUAUUAGAACUGUUAAUUAAAACAUGUUCUCUCUAAUGGAGUAUACUGCACUUCAUUGAAAUCAUUAGGCUGCAUCUUUUAUGUAGAGGUGCUAUUUCUGUUCAUGGAUAUGACUGAGAACAAACUAUGUUAAUGAAGCCAUAUGUACAAGGCCUGUGUAACUUAAAUUUUGUAAAGAAAUACUGAACGCUUACUCUUUGUGUUAUGAAAUAUGAGCCAUUUAUAUUUAAUAUAGACAUUUAAGAUGUAAUUACUUAGUUUACUCAUAUUAUUUAUUGUAAGAAAUCUUAAUUUUGGAAAUUAUUUCUGUAGUAGGGAAAAUGUGAAAAUUUAUAUCAUUGUGAAAUAAAUUUCAAUCAGCAUUUGGGCAAGUACUGAAGACUCAAUACUUACCUAAAAGAAAUCGAGUUUUCAUGUCCUGUGAAACAGGCACUUUAGAGGCUUCUUGCAAAUAUGUUAUGUGGUAAUGUAUGCAUGAUUCUAUAAUAUGAAGGAAUGAUGAUUUGAAGUUACUGAAAAGGAAAAAAAAAUGUUAUGUCUUGCUGCCUUGUUGAGAGAAUGCUAAGUGUGAUCUCAUUGUUUUUCAUAUUCUGGGUUAAUUUUAUUUUAACUUGCUUUCUUGGUAUUUGCAGUAAUCUUGGAAGGUAGAGGAAAUUAAAAUAUUUUCUAGUAGCCUUACUCUAGGACGCUAAAGAGCCAAAGCCUUCUCACUGUGUAUUGCUACACCUUUAAAGCUCUGAAGGUUCUGCUGUGUCGGACAGCCUUUGAAGUUACAUGAGGUUUGGCAUACAUACCACUUAACAUAUUUGUUUAACAAGCAGUUUUCAUGUCAGGCAUUAUGUACACUCUUUAGGUUAAGUAAUAUUUGAGGCUGAUCAGGGGUAUACGUAGUGUGAGGCACUCGGGAAAAAAUUUGAGAUUAUCUGUAAAGGGGUCCUGAGAGGGAAUGAGGUGUACACGUAGUAAAGGUAGACUUCCUGCCUUAAGCAGUUUAAGGCAACUAAAAGGCUGCUUGUCUCCAUAGAAUGUGGUGUCUAAAAGUCAUUGUGGAGUACACUUAGGAAGUUCCUGAACAUGUGGAAAUACACGAUCGAUGCAGUGCUGUAUGUGAAUAUAUUAUGGCAAAAUAAGAGUCUAAGAAUAGCUAGUAAUAAUAAAGAUGCAAUAUUAUACAGA